UCACAAGACUCGCCGCCGCCGCAGUCAGCUGAUCAUCUACCUGCUGUUCAGUUGUUUUAUGUUGCUGGCCGCCUUCACGCGCAUUGCGAAAGUAGGUCUUGCUGAGGGUGUUCAAACUAUACGAAAAAAAAAAGUUGCGAAUCGUCGAAGAUGGCCCAGGAUCCCAAACUGAAGGAGAUCAUGACAUCGUUGGACGACGAUAAAAUCGAUAUGCUCGCUGCAACCAGUGUGCUCCAGCAGAGGGCCACAGACAUCCGAUCCCAGCAUGUCAACUGGCAGAGCUACCUCCAAUCGCAGAUGAUCUCCCAGGAGGACUACAAAUUCAUCGUGGCCUUUGACACCACUGAUAAUUCGCAGAGGGAACACCUCCUGAAAUCCGACAAGCUGCAAUGCGCCAAGACCUUCCUCAACCUGCUCGGUCACGUCUCCAAGGACCAAACGUUGCAAUACAUCCUGGUCCUCGUCGACGAUAUGAUCCAGGAGGAUCGCACCCGCGUUGAACUCUUCCACGAGUACGCCACCAAGAACAAGGAGUCGGUUUGGGGUCCGUUCCUGAAUCUGUUGAACCGUCAGGACGGUUUCAUCACCAACAUGACCUCGAGGAUCAUCGCGAAGAUCGCUUGCUGGGCCCAAACGCCCAUGGAACGCUCCGACCUGCACUUCUACUUGACCUGGCUCAAAGAUCAGCUCAAGAUGCAGUACGACGAGCUGAAGGCUAUCUAUGACAUCCGCGGAGACUUCUCCAAAGGCGAACCCCUGGAGCUCUACACUGAAGUGUCUUUCAGCAUCGACGACCAAAGGGGCGAAACUGAACUCUCGAACAACGAGUACAUCCAAUCGGUGGCCAGAUGUCUGCAGAUGAUGCUGCGCAUCGACGACUAUCGCUUCGCGUUCGUCUCCGUGGACGGCAUCUCCACCCUGCUGUCCGUCCUCUCCGGCCGCGUCAACUUCCAGGUGCAGUAUCAGCUGAUCUUCUGCCUGUGGGUGCUGACCUUCAACCCGCUGCUGGCCGAGAAGAUGAACAAGUUCAACGUCAUUCCGAUCCUCGCCGACAUCCUCAGCGAUUCGGUCAAGGAGAAGGUGACGAGGAUCAUCCUGGCCGUCUUCCGUAAUCUCAUCGAGAAGCCCGAGGACGGUCAGGUGUCCAAGGAGCACUGCAUCGCGAUGGUACAGUGCAAAGUUCUUAAGCAGCUCGCCAUCCUCGAGCAGAGGAAGUUCGACGAUGAGGACGUGUCCGCAGACGUUCUCUUCCUCACCGAGAAACUGCAAUCAUCCGUGCAGGAUCUCAGCAGCUUCGACGAGUACGCCACCGAGGUCAAGUCGGGAAGGUUGGAAUGGUCGCCCGUGCACAAGAGCAAGUUCUGGCGCGAGAACGCUCAGCGUCUCAACGAGAAGAACUUUGAGUUGCUGAGGAUCCUUAUCCAUCUGCUGGAGACCAGCAAGGACCCCUUGGUGCUCUCCGUUGCCAGCUUCGAUAUCGGCGAAUACGUGCGCCACUACCCCAGGGGAAAACACGUGAUCGAGCAGUUGGGCGGAAAACAGCUGGUCAUGCAACUCCUCGCCCACGAGGAUCCUAACGUCAGGUACGAGGCUCUGUUGGCCGUGCAGAAGUUGAUGGUUCACAAUUGGGAGUAUCUGGGCAGACAGCUGGAGAAGGAUCACAGCGAUGCGAAGCCGGGCAACAUGUCCAUCUCCGGAAAGGCCUAAAAGUGCUUUCAAUGC